AUGGACCUGCUCGAAGCUAUCCAGAACGAUGUUCUCAAGCAAAAGGAGGAGGAGGCACUCAACAACUUUGCAUCUGUGGCUCAAUUCCGAGAAUUCAUUUCAUCAACAAAUCCUGAUGCCGAUGUCAGCGUGAGCCUCAAGAUGUGUUGCGUUCAGGCAGAGCGACUCAACGGUGGUCAUGGGACUCGUGUUACCUUGAUUGAUGCGAAGCAACGUGGAGUGUUUGAGCCGACCGCCGACGCACUGAAUGAUUUGACCCCCCUGAAAAGAAAACCGUAUCUGGCCCAAGUAACCGUGUGGGAUGCUAGGCCGAAAAAGGGGGUGUUUGGCAAGACGAACAUUGAUUUCCAACCUGGCGCCGUCUACAAGUUUUGCCAUGUCGACGGUGUCGGCUUUUUCGCUGAUAUCGCGAAAGGAAACGUCGAGUACGAGCGUGGCAACAAUGACAAGAUCUACGAAGUUGAGCCCCCACUCAAGAAGCGCAAACUGACGCGCGAACUCGCGUCACAGCCCGGAAAGCACAAGCCUAAUCCACCGCCUUCAGGUAAGACGUCCAAGACGAUCACCGAAGAUGUGGUAAUGGAGCCGGCGGGCAAGGAACCCGGCGCCGGUUUCAGCCCAGUGGCUACGCGGAGCAAACGCGGAGAUCCACCACAACCAUGA